AUGAUCUCUCCAUCGCUAUUUGCAACUUUCAUGGCCACUGUUGGCUCCAGUGCCGCAUAUGGGCUGCCUCCGGUGGUUGCUGCUGGUGGCCAAAUUACAGCCAGAGCUCUUUGCAAUGGCACCGUCAGCCUGAACACCACUGUCGGGUCAUACGUCGUGCAGGAGAACGAGACCAUGCCCGAGAUUGCUGCGAAGGUCAACCGCGGAGUUUGCGACAUCGCGCGAGCCAACCGCAUGGCCGAUGCGAUGAUGCUUUACACGGAUGAGGAGCUCAUCAUUCCGGCACAGGUGUGCGACCCCGACAACGACACCUGCCUGGUCCCCAACACCACCACCACCAACACCUGCGUCAAUGGAGGACCGCACACGUACACGACCUUUUUGGGAGAUACGAUCCAGUACAUCGCCCAGAAGUUCAACCUCACCCUGGACACCGUGACCGCUGUCGCCGACAGACUCAGCUCCGACCCGUAUGCCGAAAUCGAGGCUGGCCAGUCGCUCAAAUUGCCCAUGUGCUCGCCCAGCCAGUGCACGCUCCAGCCGUACCGCUUCACGUAUGGCACCUACGCCGAUCUCGCCAAGAACUACAGCACCACCGUCGGGCAAAUCAUGGCUUACAAUGCCGGCUACAACAAGAGCACCGCCACCACCACCGAUGAGUCGCCUGCCAUUGCUGUGCCGAUGAACUGCACCGCUCUUUCCGAUACUAUUACUGUCAUGUCAUAG